AUGGCCGACGCCCUCGCUGCCGCGCGGGAGCACAACACUUUAGCGCCCAUCCAUGUCCAUCUCGCGAACGAGCACCUCCAGGAGAUCUUUCUCGCUCUAUCCCUCAUCGACGCCCCUUCGCUAGAGCGACCUCAGGGAUGGUAUCUCCAGGUCAAUGGCAUCUGCCAUAUUUGGCGCGAGAUCGCAUUGAACUUUCGCGGGCUCUGGGCGCGCAACGCCGGCUCAUUUCCUUCCCGUCGCAUGACAGAUCUCGCGAUAGAGCGCGCGGGUGCCCACCAUCUCAGUUUCGUUGGACAUUUUAAAGACCAUGAUGGUCCGGGCUAUGUCCUGAGCGACUAUCAGUUGUCGCUCGUCGAGACGCGCACGGAGAAGUUGCGCUCGCUCGUACACGAGCUGUACACGGACUGGGCGGAGCUGUUCUAUCGAGUGCAGACCUUGCCUGAGCUCGUGACUGCGAGGAUAUGCGAUGAUUCCGGUCCUGAUAUGUGGAAGGGGGCCAUUGGUGCCCCGCAGUUGGAAUGUCUCUACUUGAAUAAUGGCCUCAUACCGUUCAAUGCACCACGGCUGCGAUACCUUCAUAUUGAUAUGGACAACUUCAAUUGGCGCGAAGGGCCAAGAUCCAGAAGAUCGGACGAUGAGCCUAUGUCGGACAGCUGCGAAGCGAUUCCGAGGGUCUUUCCUACUCGCGAAGUCAUUGCUCUCUUGCAGCGUUCACCUGGGUUAGAGCGAUUGAUCAUCACGAAUAUGCCUGAGCUGCAGGACACAAAUAUACCCUCUGUGCAUGACUUACAUGCGGAGCUUCCCAAUCUGCGUGGUUUGCAUCUGGGCGGCAACUCCGAGGCCACUGGCGACCUAUGGCAAAGGUUGCGUCAUGUGCCUUCAGAUGUGCAAGUGUUCAUCGAUACUGUACACUCCUUCCGAGUUCUUUACGGCGGAAACGCAUCCAUUUUAGACGCAAUGCACGACUUUCUGAAUUCGCCUGCGUACGAUAGCGUGAGGCUCAGCAUGGAUGGUUCGCACGAUCUACUCUUCCAGCUAUGGUCGUCUAAGGAACGCGGUUCAGCCGCUUUGGAGUUACCUGCGUCCCUUCGUUUGACCGAGUCCACACCGGGCGCCGCAUUGACGAUCCGGUACCACGUCUGGCUUUAUGCGCCGCUAUUUGAAGACUUCAUCGAGGAAGAGAAGAGACAGCUGACCAGGGAAUGGGCCCGAAAUGAAGAUCCCUACGAGAGAUACCGAAGCAGGGUGGCUAAGGAGUUCUAUAACUGCAUGGCGACCAUUUUGAACAAGUUCGACGCUUCGGCGAUCACGAAUGUCGACUUGACAGAUAUUCCGUUUGGAGAUCAACAAUUCUAUCCUUUUGUCGUGCUUACAUCGGCCUACGAGAAGCCGGACAAGGCUAUCGUUCGUCUAUUUCGCUCGCCAGAUGUUCCUUCCUCGCCUCAAAUCAGCUUAACAUUGAACUGGGACUUCCUCAGGAACCUGCAGUCGAAUAGCAGAAGUAACGCGCCAGAUAGGUUGCUAGGUUUCUAUAUCCCAAACUCCGUCAGAGAGUUGACCAUCGUCAACUUCCCUUGCGCAUCGUUCCCCCACUGGAAGAGAUACGACGAUGAGCACAACGAGAAGGCUUGGAAUGCUUUGCGCAACGUAUGCUCCAAGUCUUUUCAACAUCGCCUGGAAGAGGGUGUUCCUCCACUGGUACUGAAGCUAGCUGAGUCCUCGUCCGAGAUGUCCAAUAUGGAGCGCUCCGAGGAGCCGAAAUACAAGCACAUGACACACGAUUCUUACGAAGAUGCUGUGAGGGCUGUCACCGAUAAGGGUUAUCGGCAGAUUGCGUCGUUUGUCGCGGAGUUCGCUGAUCUACGUAUACACAGAGUUUGA